AUGCCGAAACCUCGAUAUGCAUCAGUCAGAACUCUCGUUGAUGUGCAAGCCGGCGACGAGGCACCGAUUCUUGAUUCGAAUGCCUUGGUGCUGCAUUUCCCCGGACCGCAAACGGUAACCGGAGAAGAUGUCCUGGAACUGCACGUUCACGGCGGCCCCGCAACGGUCAAGGCAGUUCUCUCUGCGAUCCCGAGAUGCGCAUCCGACGGCGUCAUCCGCUACGCCGAACCGGGCGAAUUCACCAAGCGAGCCUUUCUCAACGACAGGCUCGACCUCGCCCAGGUGGAGUCCCUGGGCGACACGCUAUCCGCCGACACCGAGCAGCAGCGCCGGGCCGCGGUGCGCGGCAGCUCGGGCGUCCUGGGACGGACUUACGAGAGUUGGCGCGAGCAGCUCCUCCUAGCCAGGGGCGAGAUCGAGGCGCUCAUCGACUUCUCUGAGGACCAGCACUUUGACGAAUCCCCCUCGGAGCUGAUGAGCAACGUCAGCGCGCUCGUCGCCGAUAUGCGGCACAGUAUUCGGGUCCACGAGGGCGCCAGUCAGCGCAGCGAGCUCCUACGCAACGGCAUCCGUAUCGCCCUCCUUGGUCCGCCCAAUGUCGGCAAGAGCUCGCUCAUGAAUCUUGUUGUCGGGAGGGAGGCGUCCAUCGUGUCGAUGGAGGCGGGCACGACGCGAGAUAUCGUCGAGGUUAGUCUCGAUAUGCGUGGGUAUCUUUGCUCAUUCGCGGACACGGCUGGCAUCAGGACGAAACUUGCUGCCGGCGAGAGUGGUGACCUCUUUGAACCGGUCUUGGGGAUUGUUGAAGAGGAGGGUAUCCGGCGCGCGAAGCAGAAGGCGUCGGAAUCCGACAUCAUCAUCGUCCUAGCGGCCGUCGAGUCUGGCCCCGACGGCGGCUUCCGGAUCAACUACGAUGCGGAAACACUGAAGCUGGCUUCAAAGGCUCAGGCCUGCUUAAUCGUGGUCAACAAGCGCGACGCCGUUGACGCCGCCAGCUUCUCCACCCUCCUCGAGCAGUUUCGAAACGAAGCAGCAUCUCACAUCCCCAAUAUCAGCACAAUGGAGCUCAUCACCAUCUCCUGCCGCGAAGCGCAAGCUAAAACUACUGGUCAAAAUGACCCAGGCGCGAUCCAUGGGCUCAUCGACCGGCUCGUCGAAUCGUUCGCCGGCAUGACGUCCCUUCCUGUAGACCAGCAAGACCUGCUGGGCGUCACGGCCAGGCAGGCGCAGUUGCUCGAGCAGUGCCGCGGUUUCCUUGAUGAGUUCAUGACGGUCGCACACCCUGAAGAAGAAGACGGCGAGGAGCCUGAUAUCGUCCUGGCGGCGGAACAUCUUCGAUACGCGGCAGAAAGUCUUGCCAAGAUUACGGGCCGUGUCGAGUCGGGAGACGUGGAAGAGGUACUCGGGGUGAUCUUUGAGAAGUGA